CAAAAUAAUAAAUAAGGUCCAGUCAACAUGGUCAAGACAGAUAGGCCUCUGUAUUAAAUUAAUAUCAGUCACGUGCACUGACCAUAUAUAAUGAAGGUGCGCAGCCCACGAAGGACACAAAUGCACUCAAACAAGAAGACUGAACCUGAAGCGAAAUAAUCCGGAGUGUGCUAAAACUGAGCAGUAAGGAUCAGCAGUAUAUAAUAGUGCUCUGACACUCCUGAAAACAUAAUGAUGUCGGACGACACAACUCAUCUCAGACUCACAGUGGAAUUAAUGCAGAAGAGAAAAUUGCUCAAGAACGCUGAAAAAGUUACUAUAGACGGCAGUUGCCUCAACCUCGCACAAGUGGUUGAAUGCAGUAAUAGCACAAACAUAAAGUUGGAAAUCUCUGAACAGGCCGUAGAUGAAAUGGCGUUGAACGCUAAAUAUCUUAAAAGGAAAAUCACAGAGGAAAAGCUCGUCAUAUACGGUAUAAAUACAGGGUUUGGAAACAGCGCUGAUACCCGCACUCUGGAGUUAGAAAAGUUGCAGAAAGCUUUGAUACAACACAUCAAUGCCGGGAUGGGUCGAACAUUUCCUCCAGACAUGGUGCGCGCUGUAAUGGUCACAAGGGCCAAUUGUCUCGCUAAGGCUUACUCAGGAGUACGUCCAGACGUGGUACAGUUACUGGUAGCCAUGAUUAACAACGAUAUCGUUCCUAUCGUUCCUCUGCGUGGUUCUGUCAGCGCCAGUGGUGACUUGAUGCCUUUGGGUUAUAUAGCAGCAGCCAUGAUCGGAAGAGAAGAUAUCAACGUAAUGGUCAGAGGUCAAAUCAUGCCAUGUCCUGUUGCCCUUAAAGAAGCCAAUCUAGAACCAUUGGUGAUGGGACCAAAAGAAGGACUCGCCAUUAUCAAUGCCACCUCCUUCGCUGCUGGUACCGCCGCUCAAACCAUUUAUGAAGCCAACAUUGCUGUCCUUCUAACACAGAUUUGCACAGGGCUGGCCGUAGAAGCACUACAAGGUAAAAUGGAAAGUUUCCAUCCAGUCCACCAUGCUUGCCUUCAGCACGUCGGUUUGAAAGAAGUUUCCAACAACAUGUUAAAAAUAUUGGACGGAAGUCGACUCGCCGUUUCGACGUUAGAGAUGCAUCUACCUGAUACGUACGGGUCUUUGAAACAAGACCGCUACAGCAUAAGGACGGCCCCACAAUGGCUAGGCCCGGUGAUCGAGACUCUCAAAGAGGCCUGUCGACGAAUAAACGUGGAACUGAAUUGUGCCAAUGACAACCCGGUCAUCGACCACCGCACCGACACCAUUGCUCAUGGAGGCAAUUUUCAAGGAGAAACGCUUUCAAUAACAUUAGAUCAAACUCGCCAAGCACUGCAGGUCUGUGGGAAGCUUCUAUUGGCACAAUUGCAAGAAAUCGUCAACCAUCGCAUUAACCACGACCUUCCGCCAAAUCUCUGCGGAUCAGACGUCAAUCUCGAUUUUGGUUUCAAAGGAGCUGAUACUGCCAUGGCAUCGUACAUGUCAGAGUUAGAUCACCUGGCCAAUCCAAUGUCCAACCACGUGCUCUCUGCUGAAUGCCAGAAUCAAUCUGUCAACUCCAUGGCUCUCGUCAGUUCUCGUCUUACUCGAGAAGCGCUGGAGAUAUUACAGAUGAUGCUAGCGAAUCAUUUGUGUUUACUGUGUCAGGCCUUGGACCUGAGAUAUCUGCGUAAUGAGGUAAUAAGUUCAAUGCGCAAAAUGGGGAAACGCCAAAAGGAAUUCCUUGCCACGUUCCUUAAAGAAAACAAAUGGUAUGAUUUCCUGUUCCACCCAGAGGAAUCUGCAGCUAAGUUUGCGGAGAAAAUUCCUAAAAAUGGUCACAAAGAAGAAGACAUCCGAAAUGAGAUAUGUGUCGCUAUGAAAUCACUGAUGUCUGAUGCGUGUAAUGGUCAUUUAGGGACUGUUGAUUGUCUAGGAACAGGAACGAAGAAGGCGUACUGGUACAUACGUCACACGGUGGGAGUGCCAUUUUACCACGGCCAGGCAGCAAUUGACACGUGGCUGGAGAAGAUUUUAUCAGCUGUUCAAAAUGGAGACUUUGAAAACGUUUUAUUAUCUGCCUUUGAAGAGCCUUGAAAAGAACAUUUAUCUCUUUUUUGUUUGUAUCACUGAUUACUAAUGCUACAGAAUAAGCAUGCAUGAUAUCAAUCUGCGACGUUAGCCACUGGUUCUAGAUGUACCCCCACGGGCAGUAAAAUUUUGUUUAGGCCAGUAGAAUUUUCAGAAUGUGUACGUGAAUGUGAGAAUUAAGUUUUCAAAACAUCGAUUUAAUUUCUUCUGAAAUGUAAUUUUUACAUGAUGAUUCUUAAUUCUUUAAAAAAAUCAGUUGACAAAAUUGAGGUCUUGUCAUGAAUACUUCUUUUGAAAGACGUGUGCUUGAUAAGAAGCUUGUAGAUAUGUUUCAUAUACUUAUGUUUUACGUAUUUUAAUGUUACUUUAUACGGAUGAAACACUUAGAAAUGUUGAUUGCUAUAUAUCCUAAGAAUUAAUUAAUGAUUGAUGUAAUAUAUACCUUUGUAAUGAAAAGGUUCUUUUUCAAGAUAAAAAGAAAAGGUACAUUUUGGACAGCAAAUUUCAUGUAAUGCGCCUUCUCUUCAAUGAAUCACUUGAUAUAAGGAAAAAAAGGACUCAAACGUAUUUGUAUUACCAUGUUUGAAAGGCAGAUAAUGUAAUCUUGUUAAAAAGAGAAGAAUAGGCUAUUUAUGACUUUGGGAUU